CUCUCUCUCUGCUUAAGACACACAAAAACACACACAGAAACACAACACACACACACACACGCACAAGCAAACACAUGUACUGUAACAUGGAGCUUGGUUUGAGCUUGGGAGAGGCUCCAACAAAGCCAGUGGUUGUGGGGGAGAAGGGUUUGGUUAAGGUGGGGAAAGGGUUGGGUUUGGAGCUGGGAGUUGGGUUGGGGAGAAGGGAGUCAGAGGAGGAGGAGUUAGAGGAGGAGGAAGAGGAUGGAGGAGCGAGAACCAAAAAGGGAGGGGAAGAGAAGCUACAUGGACCAGCUGGGAAAAGCGCCUCACAUGAGCAGUUGAUUCGGCUGAGCCUCGUUCCUUCUUCGGCUCCUCCUCCUCCUCCUCCUCCUCCUCCCCUGCCUCAGCAGCAAAAACCCGUGUUUCCCUGGGCUUAUGAGAAUAGGAAUUUAGAAGCAGGUUCAAUAAGAGGGUUUGAUGUGAACAUGGCGCCGUCGGAGUCGUCGUCGUCGGAGGAGGAGGAAGAAAUGGUGGAGGGGGCGGGUGCGCCGACGUCGUCGUCGCCGCCGCCCAACAGCUCGGUGUCGUUUCAGAUGGAGUUAUCGGGGCGUCGCGGGCGGGGCAGCGACGAGGAGGAGAACGGCUCGCCGAGGAAGAAGCUCCGCCUCUCCAAGGAGCAGUCUGCCUACCUCGAAGAGAGCUUUAAGGAGCACAGCACCCUUAAUCCGAAGCAGAAGAUUGCUUUGGCGAAGCAGCUCAACCUGCGGCCCCGACAAGUGGAAGUCUGGUUUCAGAACAGAAGAGCCAGGACGAAGCUGAAGCAGACGGAGGUGGACUGCGAGUACCUGAAGCGGUGCUGCGAGACGCUGACGGAGGAGAACCGGCGGCUGCAUAAGGAGCUCGCAGAGCUCCGCGCGCUGAAGACUGCAUCCAACCCUUUCUACAUGCACCUGCCUGCCACCACCCUCUCCAUGUGCCCUUCCUGCGAGCGCACGACCUCCUCCUCCUCUGCCUCCCGGCCCUCGCCGUUCGUGUCCUUUUUCUCCAAACCUCCCUUCCACCCUCUCGCCGCCGCGCACUCGAUGGCGUCGCCCCGCCAGCCCUCGGCCACCUCAUGAACCGACGUACCCUGUGGCGCGUCCGUUGCUGUAAAUACAUUGAUGGAUUUUGAACGUUUCUCCUUUUCGUCUCUUAACUGGGUUUCGAAUUGAUAGAUAGUGAGCAGGUCAGUAGUGAUAGUGUUAGCAGCAGGAUUUAGUAAAUCGGUUGUUGUUUCAGGUGUAGAAUGUAAAUUGAUUAGCACAAUCUGAGCCGUCUAAGAUAGGUUUUUUGGGCUGUGACUGAUGAAAUCUGUGUUCCAAUGAUUUGUAGGGUGUAAUUGUGAGAAUGGGUCUUUUAGAGUAUGACCUAUCAUAAACAGAAGAUGAACCCUGGUACACUAUAAAGCGGUUAUGUGUUAUAUGAGAUUGAUGAAUUAUUCAAACUAUGA